GUGAAGCAUUAGGUACCUUCUGUAUGGAGCUUUUUCAGCAAGUUACAGGGCUGCCGGAGUGUUCUGUGUUCACAGGUUCAACAUCAAAACAGAUGUGAUGGUGAAGAGACUUACCGGCAUUUUUCAACGUAGGUCCAGUUUCAAGAAGCUGAACUGUAGAUGGCUUUAGCGAUACCACGGUCCUAACAGAUGAUGACAGUUUCCAAUUCCAAUGGCAGUUAGUGGGAUCUAAAAUGAAAAGCAACUUUUAGUCCUUGCAAAUAAAUGUAGGAGGCACGUCAAUAGCAUUAGGAAAUCCUGCCUCAAAAGGAUUUUACAUCUGAGAUAGUUCCUUGGUUCAUUAUUCCUUGUAUAUUGAUAAGCAUAGCAGAAAAUUAUUUUAUGGCAAGACCAAAGGAAGCCUUGAAUAUUGAUAGAAUUCAUUCUUGAGCAUUAAAUUUGUGUUGGCAGUCAGGCAGGAGGCAGGGUGUACGUGGCACCAGAGGUUUUGGUUACCCCUGUGCUGCUGCCAAACAUCGUACAUGUGAGGUGGCAUAUCCCAAAUCUGCUACAGACGCUCCAUCUCUCAGAAUUUGGGAAGGUUAGCCACAGGAGCUGUACAUCUUUUGCUUUGGCAUGGCUGGGAGCUGCAUGUGAAGGGAUGUGGUCGCAUUACCUCGUGUCACUACAAUGAGGGUUACUCAAAAUGCUUCAGAAUUUGUGACUCCCUGUCCUAUGAUUUACUUUCAUCUUCUGUAAAGGGGCUGCCUACAAUUUCCUUGUGCUGUGCAACACUUCCAUGCUUUUGGGAACCCUGUGCUAGUUUAAGGGCAGGCAGGGCGGGCGUGCUGGCACUUACUGGCAGGCUGAUAAGUUCCUGCCAGGCGGGAGCUGCUAGCUCCUUCAGCUGACGCAUGCUGGUGGAAACCGUGUGCUGCUAGCAGCUGAAAUCAGUUUAUUUAAAUCAACACUCUGGCUCUCAAAUGGUGUUACCUGCUUCUAUAAUGGACUCCUGUUUCAAAUGGGGAGUGCAUUUGCACUUGCCUUUGGAGCAGCAAAGCUGGGGGAAGGGAGGCCCACGGCACUGGUGGAGGCCCACUGCAGGCUGGGGGGGAAGGCAAGAGCGUGUGGGGUGGGUGCAGUUCCACUUCUACCCCUCGUUCUUCCCCUCCCAGCACAAGCUGGAGACUAAGGCGGUGUUCAGGUAUUAUUUGGUUUGUGGCAUAGAGGCACUAUGUACUCGGAGUGGAGAUCUUUGCAUCUUGUCAUUCAAAAUGAUCAGGGUAAUACCAGUGUACUUCACAGCUAUCCUGAAAAUGUGGGGAGAGAAGUGGCAAAUGCAGUGGUGCGUCCUCUUGGGCAAGCUUUAAUUACAUCAUCAGUUGGAAGUGAAAGUUUACUAAAAACAGACAAAGAAGUAAAAUGGACUAUGGAGGUAGUUUGUUAUGGACUGACCCUCCCCCUGGAUGGCGAUACUGUGAAAUACUGUGUCGACGUAUAUACAGAUUGGAUCAUGGCUCUUGUAUUACCUAAGGACUCCAUUCCUUUACCAGUUAUUAAGGAACCAAACCUUUAUGUUCAAAGCAUUCUCAAACAUCUCCAAAAUCUCUUUGUACCGAGGCCAGACCCAGGAUCUAGUCAGAUUAGAUUGUGCUUGCAGGUUUUGAAAGCUGUCCAGAAACUGGCUCGUGAAUCAACAAUUAUGGCAAGAGAAACCUGGGAGGUUUUGUUGUUAUUUCUUCUUCAGAUUAAUGACACUCUUCUAGCAGCUCCAACUGUGCAAGGUGGCAUUGCUGAAAGUCUGGCUGAAAAAUUAAUUGGCGUGCUGUUCGAGGUGUGGUUACUGGCUUGUACACGAUGCUUCCCAACACCACCUUACUGGAAAACUGCCAAAGAGAUGGUGGCCAACUGGCGACAUCACCCUGCAGUAGUUGAGCAGUGGAGCAAGGUCAUCUGUGCCCUUACUUCCAGAUUGCUGCGUUUUACAUAUGGACCUUCAUUUCCUCCAUUUAAGAUUCCUGAUGAAGAUGCUGGUCUGAUUCCUCCUGAAAUGGAUAACGAGUGCGUUGCACAAACCUGGUUUCGCUUUUUACAUAUGCUGAGUAAUCCUGUGGAUUUGAGUAACCCAGCCAUUAUUAGUUCUACCCCCAAAUUUCAGGAGCAGUUUCUGAAUGUGAGUGGGAUGACUCAAGAACUGAAUCAAUACCCCUGCCUUAAACAUCUGCCUCAAAUAUUCUUUCGUGCCAUGCGUGGGAUCAGCUGUUUAGUGGAUGCCUUCUUAGGCAUUUCACGACCGCGGUCAGACAGUGCACCACCCACGCCAGUAAAUAGGCUGAGCAUGCCCCAGAACACUGCUAUCAACACAACUCCGCCCCAUAACCGAAGGCAUCGGGCAGUGACUGUGAAUAAAGCAACAAUGAAAACCAGCACCGUAACUACUGCACAUGCUUCGAAAGUGCAGCACCAACCCUCUUCUACUUCCCCACUCUCCAGCCCAAACCAGACAAGUACUGAGCCACGGCCACUACCAGCUCCUCGCAGGCCAAAGGUUAACAGCAUCUUGAACCUGUUUGGAUCGUGGUUAUUUGAUGCAGCAUUUGUUCACUGUAAACUUCAUAAUGGAAUAAACAGAGAUAGCAGCAUGACUGCAUCUUUUAUCCAAAUUCUUCUUUCUUAUAAAUCUUCUAUAGCAACUCAAGCUAGCGUGGAGUUUCGCCGGAAAGGAUCACAAAUGUCCACAGAUACAGUGGCUUCCAACCCUAUGUUCGAUGCCAGUGAAUUCCCAGACAACUAUGAAGCAGGAAGGGCAGAGGCAUGCGGGACACUGUGUAGGAUAUUUUGUAGCAAGAAGACUGGGGAGGAAAUAUUACCAGCUUACUUAUCCCGAUUUUACAUGCUUUUAAUUCAGGGUUUGCAGAUAGCAGAUUUCGUUUGCCACCCUGUUCUUGCCAGUGUUAUUCUCAACUCCCCUCCUCUGUUCUGCUGUGACCUGAAAGGGAUUGAUGUCGUGGUUCCUUAUUUCAUUUCGGCUCUUGAAACAAUUUUACCUGACAGAGAACUCUCGAAGUUUAAAAUCUAUGUAAACCCCACAGAGCUAAGAAGAGCUUCAAUUAACAUCUUGCUGUCUUUGUUGCCUCUCCCUCAUCAUUUUGGAACCAUAAAAUCUGAGGUAGUCCUGGAAGGGAAGUAUAGCAAUGAUGAUAGCUCAACGUAUGAUAAGCCAGUAACCUUUCUCUCCUUGAAGCUGAGGCUUGUGAAUAUACUUAUAGGAGCUUUGCAAACUGAAACAGAUCCCAACAACACUCAAAUGAUACUAGGUGCAAUGUUAAAUAUUGUUCAAGAUUCAGCACUGUUAGAAGCCAUUGGCUGUCAGAUGGAAACGAAUGGUGGCGAAAAUAACCUCUUCAAAAGCCACAGUCGUACUAACAGUGGCAUUAGCACUGCAAGUGGAGGCAGUACAGAGCCUACAACACCAGACAGCGAACGACCAGCACAAGCCCUUCUAAGGGAUUAUGCUCUUAAUACAGAUACAGCUGCAGGACUACUGAUACGCAGCAUUCACCUGGUAACCCAAAGACUCAAUUCGCAAUGGAGGCAGGACAUGAGCAUCUCACUGGCUGCGCUGGAACUUCUCUCUGGAUUGGCAAAGGUGAAAGUGACUGUUGAUUCCUCUGAUCAAAAGAGAGCUAUUAGUUCAGUAUGCAGCUAUAUAGUCUACCAGUGCAGCCGGCCAGCCCCGCUCCACUCCCGUGACCUUCACUCUGUGAUAGUUGCAGCUUUCCAGUGCCUCUGUGUCUGGCUUACUGAGCAUCCUGACAUGCUGGACGAGAAGGAUUGUUUAAAAGAGGUACUGGAGAUUGUGGAGCUGGGCAUUUCAGGAAGUAAAUCCAAAAGCAGUGAACAAGAGGUCAAGUAUAAAGGAGAUAAGGAGCCAAAUCCUGCAUCCAUGAGAGUGAAGGAUGCUGCUGAAGCUACGUUAACAUGUAUUAUGCAGUUACUUGGAGCAUUUCCUUCUCCCAGUGGCCCUGCUUCCCCUUGCAGCUUAGUGAAUGAAACCACGUUAAUUAAAUAUUCUCGUCUACCUACCAUAAACAAACAUAGCUUCCGUUACUUUGUUUUGGAUAAUAGUGUCAUCCUUGCAAUGUUGGAACAGCCUCUGGGGAAUGAACAGAAUGACUCUUUCCCUUCUGUCACGGUUUUGAUCCGUGGGACAUCUGGAAGAUUUGCAUGGGCCCAGCAACUCUGUCUUUUACCAAGAGGAGCUAAAGCAAAUCAAAAGACUUUUGUACCAGAACCUCGACCGGCUCCUAAAAAUGAUGUUGGAUUAAAAUACAGUGUCAAGCACCGCCCUUUUCCUGAAGAAGUGGACAAGAUCCCAUUUGUGAAAGCAGACUUGAGCAUUCCUGAUUUACAUGAAAUUGUGAAUGAGGAACUUGAAGAGCGACAUGAGAAGCUGAGGAAUGGCAUGGCCCAGCAGAUUAUUUUUGAGACUUCCAUAGAUCAGAAAAGUGAAGAGGAGUGGCGUAAGAAGAGCUUUCCUGAUCCGAUUACAGAGUGUAAGCCCCCGCCAGCAGCCCAGGAGUUCCAGACAGCACGCCUGUUCCUCUCUCACUUCGGGUUUCUGUCUCUAGAGGCAUUGAAGGAGCCUGCUAACAGUCGUCUACCUCCUCACCUGAUUGCUCUUGACCCUGCUCUUCCUGGGUUUUUCGAUGACCUUGGCUACUUGGAUUUGCUACCGUGUCGUCCUUUUGAUACUGUUUUUGUUUUCUACAUGAAGGCAGGCCAGAAAACAAGCCAGGAGAUCCUGAAGAACAUGGAGUCUUCCAGAAUUGUUCAGCCACACUUCCUGGAGUUCUUGCUGUCUCUUGGCUGGUCGGUGGACGUAGGGAAGCACCCUGGGUGGACUGGGCAUGUCUCAACAAGCUGGUCAAUCAAUAGCUGCAGUGAUGAAGAGGGACCUGAACAAGACGAUGUAAUUAUUUCAGAAGAUGUUGGGGCAAGUAUCUUCAAUGGGCAGAAGAAGGUGCUCUACUAUGCUGAUGCCUUGACAGAAAUAGCUUUUGUUGUCCCAUCACCAGUGGAGUCUCUAACUGAUUCACUGGAAAGCAACGUCUCUGACCAAGAAAGUGACUCCAACAUGGAUUUGCUGCCAGGAAUAUUAAAGCAGCCAUCUUUGACACUUGAACUCUUCCCCAAUCAUACAGACAAUCUUAAUCCCUCUCAUCGGCUCAGUCCUACUUCCAGAUCCAAGAAGGUGCCUCAGGGCCGGACCAUUCCACCAAUGGGACCUGAAACCAAAGUGUAUGUGGUCUGGGUUGAACGUUAUGAUGACAUAGAAAACUUCCCCCUCCCUGAUCUGAUGUCUGAGACGAGCACUGGUGUAGAAACUACAACCAACAGUAGCACUUCCGUAAGAUCUGCCAUUCCUGAGAAAGAAGUUCCUGUGAUCUUCAUCCAUCCUUUAAACACUGGCUUAUUCAGAAUAAAACUACAAGGAGCAACUGGGAAAUUCAACAUGGUUAUCCCAUUGGUGGAUGGAAUGAUAGUCAGCAGGAGAGCUCUUGGUUUUUUAGUGAGACAAACAGUAAUAAAUAUUUGUCGGAGAAAGAGGCUGGAAAGUGAUUCAUACAACCCCCCACAUGUCCGCCGAAAACAGAAAAUAGCAGACAUUGUCAAUAAAUACCGGAACAGGCAGCUGGAGCCAGAAUUUUAUACCUCACUUUUCCAGGAGGUUGGGCUCAAGAACUGCAAUGCCUAGGCCAUUAUCCUUCCAGGACAAUCAGAUCAGAGCUUGGUGGCUACAGUAAUGAAAACAGUUAAAUAACAAAUUUCCUCAGCCCUCUGGAAUUCAGGAAACCCAUAUUCUAGCACAAGUCAGCAGUUACCAUGUGGGAGGAAUGAGAAAUGAAUCAAAAACAUCGCAGUUGGGAUAUUGACUCAGUUCACCUACCCUCAAAAGAUUACUGAAUUCCAAUCUUCCUGGAUGCUCGCAACAUAAUCUUUUCACCCAAUCAUCUAUUCCAGACUAAUUAGGAACUGUGUCUCAGUCUGUGAGAAAACGAUCAAAAUAAAAAUGUCUCUGCAUAUAAGUAUGGAUAACAAAAUACAAACAAACCUGCCUUCAGACACCUCGCUACACCCUCUUGUUAAAGGAGAAAGGAGCAGGGUCUCUCCUUUGAGGAGAGACUUCUUUCUGAGCUUUGACUAUCCCUGCAAGAACUUAAGAAGGUUUCAACCCCCCUUCAGAGUACAACGGAAGAUACUUCGCUGCUUGUAACCAAUUUGUGUAUCAAAAGGAGGAAAAAUGUUCGGAAAUAUCAGAUCAUGAAAUUCAUAGGCAAGAUGCUAUGUUUUACAGUAUCCUCCUUGGUUGGGCAUGAGUCUAUCUGCAUACAGCAUUUCUGUCAUACUGAGAACAAACAACACCUGAAAUUACCACGCUUUCAAACAUAAGUUGUUACUAGAUAAGAGUUCUUGGUCAUACAAAAACAAGAUUUUGACUUUCAGGUCUGUUGCAAAAUGUCACAUUUAAUUUUAGCAGCUUGAUUUUAUUUUUUGUGCAAUACUUAUUUUGAAGGGUCCUUAGCACCUAGUCACCGUUUCCAUUAAAAGCGUAAACAUUACUUGCUUUCCUUCCAUUGGCUUGAAAUCUGAGAUUCUGGGGCUGCCUCCUUCCUGCCAUUUUUUUUAUAGCAUAAGUGGUUUUUACAGCUUCUACACUUCUCAGAAGCUCCUAUUACAAAGGGUAAAACAAUUCAAACAGAAAAUUCAGGAGCUCUUCUUUUUUUCCAUUAAUUUGCUAUUUCAUGAAAGUCCAUUUGGAGUUAUAACUUAAAAUUGUUUUGAAGCUACUGUGCUUUCUCACUUUCGGCAGCAGUGGUUCCUUUUCUCCUAGGUCAGAAGAUUUCCUUCAGACUGCUGGUGACUCUCCUGACCCUACUCAGGUAAAAUAUAUGAAUUGCUGGCUUUCAUCCCAUUUGAAACAGGCCAGUGUGGAUUCAGUUCUCUUUGGUCAUUGGCAACUUCAGUUCAAGUGUUCUGUUACCUCUGUGGCCACAUUGCUGUCUGCUGAGCUCACAGCCAACAAGCUGUCCUCCAGGAGUAGGUUUUUGAAUGAGGAUGCAGAUAAAACUUAAAAAAAAAAAAAAAAAAAAAAAAAAAAGGUAAAAGGCAUACUUUCCUUUUCAGAUCACUGCUUUCUCAUAUGUUCAGGACUCGAAGGUUGUGCUGGGAAAAGAUGUUUACAACUACAAAUUUAAUACUGGGAAUAUAAGAGCUGCAGUGGGCAUUUGCAUUCUUGGGAGUGCUUUCAAGCUCUCAGCACAAUCUUAACUUGUGUUGCAGUAAUGAAUCAUCACUGAUGCUCCUGUGUAGGUGCAGUUUGUGAUCACCGGCAGCAGCAUGUGUUCUUCUCCUUCCAAUAAGUAGAUAGUAUAAGAGUAUAAAUGUAAGUAGGAAUUUGUGGAGCUCUUCAAGUUAUUUUAAGUUAUUUUUCAGAAGCUUUUUAAUAUGUAUUGCAAUAAUGCCUGUGAGUCAUUUAAUUUUGAUAUUUCAGAGUUAAUUUUUGCAACAGUUCUGACCUGAAACAGUUUUAAUGGUUUCAUUAUAACUUACCUGCCAAGGACAUACUCUGUCUCUAUCUUUUCAUGUGUUUUUUUCAUGGCUAAUACAAACACAGGGCCCUAAAAAUACAUGUGCAAGGACUUUCAGGAUAUCAACCAAAAGGGGUUUGGGAUGACACAUGUGGUUGUUACAGGGGACAGGCAUACAUGCCUCUCAAGUCAGGAGCUCUUGAUUUUGAUCCA